UUGGACAUUUAAUUUCUAAGAGUCCAUACAUAGGAACAGAGUUGGGGUCUAUGACUUUCCUGUCAGGAGAAGUUCCCAGAUAAAAACAUGAGGGAUUGAUGACUAAGCCAGUGCUUUAAACACAUUAUUUCCUGUUAUAGUGGCGUAUGCUUCUGCUGCCUCCUGUUCGUGUUCAAGUCCAAAUUUCAUUGCUGCUGUUUGAAUUUUGUUACUUUUUAAUAAUGCGUCAGCCAAAGUUUCGAAAUCUUUUUUCCGUGAACAAACUCUUUUAAAGAACUUUAUUCGGUAAUAACCAAUAUUUGCCCCCCAAAUCAAACUUUGAUGGAGUUAUUUUAAUUAAGUUCUUAAUCAGGGGAGUAUAUGCUGAUUUCAAAGCACUGAAUAUUUUCAUAAGUAAUGACGCCAUAUGUACGUAAUGACGUCACAAACAUGACGUAAAUUUCAGUUUUUUAUGAAUUUUACAGAAAAAUGUACAUAUUUCGUCGAUAUUUUGAGUAAAAAGUCACCGAGCGCAUGUGUAUUCAGGAUCAAUAUUUUGAUAUAAUGUGUAGUCAUGAUAAUAUCAAUGAAAUAUGUCAAUAUUGUUCCUGAACAAACUUGCGCUCUAUAAAUUUUAAAGCUAAAAUUGUUGAAAUUUUGUCCAUUGUGUCCUCUUUCUGAAAAAGGAUAUAAAAUCGGACUAGAUUGUGACGUCAUAAAAGCAAAAAUUGUGUAUAAACUGCUUUGACACUAUAAAAUUUUCUGUUAAUUUAUAUUUCUCAUAAAAUUUAUUGAAUACAGCACAUUUCAGGAAGUUUUCAAAAUUUGACUUUUGCGGGGGCAAAUAUAUGCAAUAUACCGCAUAUAGUUCUUUAGAUGAAGUAAUUCUGUGUUUUCUUGCUGAAUUCCAGUAGGGAUUUUUAGACUGUUCAAUUGUAUUUUGUUCGAUGUCGUCAGAAUCGGUUUUUGACACGGCAAGUCCAUCAUAAAAAUUUUGUUCACUCAGAUUUAGAGCUGUAUUAAAAGUUUGAUCAAGAAUAGGUAAAUUAUAUCCAGGAAAAGUAGGAAACGCAGGAUUGUUUAUAAUUGUAUCGUUAUUUUCGUCAAUUUUCUUUUGCGGAUAAGAAAGAAGGGAACCUUUAGGCACUGGUCCAACUUUUGAUUCAAUGGUCUCAAUGGAAUUAAUUUUGGAGGAAGGUGGCAGUAUGGUUUUAAAUUGAGCAUUUGUUGCCAUUAUAUUUUGAUUGAGAGAUUCCAAAAUGUUCUGAUAUGGUAUAGGUUGCUGUAUUGGACAAUAAAAUUUUGAUUUCACACCAUCUGUUCUUUUUAUUUUUUUACAGGUAGUUUUCUGAAUAUGUACAUCCUCAACUGCUUCAGGACGGAUACCCUCUAACCGUUGGGGUAUAUGCCAUGUUUGAGGCAUUGAUGUCUUAGACUUGACACGUGGCACUGUCUUUAAAUCAAGCUUUUGAUAGUGGGCUAAUGUGUACAUAAGGCCUAAAAUAUGGCUGCAAUGUCCAGAGCCUGCUUUACAUGUGCAGUUUGAACUUUCAACAUCGGUACAAGCUGCAGCUUUUAGGGCAAUUUGUAAAUUAUGUGGGGGAUCAUUUUUCCUCAUAGAAGGAAAGCACUUGGCUCUAAUACAAGCACCAGUGCCCCCUGAUGUACAUGGUCUCACUGAAACAAUAGAAGAAGCUUACUUAGCUUCCUUGUAAAUGAAAAUUGAUAAGGAAACAGAAAUAAAAACAACCAAGGACAAAAUGAAACUGAUUUCAAGAAAUGAAAAGAAACUUGGACAAAUGAUAUGAAAUAAAAAUGAAUAAAAGAGAUUGAAAACCAGGUUGGGAUUUAUUUGCUACAUAAGUAGGAAAGCAAAAGAUUCAGAUGAUUUUUUUUUUAAAUUUAUACAUGUAUUGAAUGUAAAUUUAAGCUAUAUAAAGACUUGAAAUUGAAAUUGACAGAUUUCUUGGUAUAUAACGUUACACCUCUACAGGACUUUGACAUUUGUGAAUAUGGUAGUGUGGAAUUUAAUUUUCAAUUUAUAGGACCAACCUCACAGUUUCCUCGAGUUCUGUUCCGACCGAGUCUGGAUGAAGCCCUUGCUAGAGACCUAGGAAGUACUGACGACACUUCAUUCCUGAGUAGCAGUACAGUCCAGGCCCCCAGCCUAGGGGUGGUUGUGUACCAACUCCGUCAGUGUGCUAACCACUUUAUGUCUGUGUACGAGAGUCACAAACAACAUCUCCUUAAACUACAGAGUCUGGCUGAUCUUAGUACAGAUGACCUCAAACAGAAGAGAAGCUUACAUCUCAUCAGAGACAGAAACUCGCUAAAACUCGCCUCACCAAAAUCGUGCAAUACAAAGAGGAACAACUGCAUUACUUUGCUUACAUCUUGGAGAACUGUCUGUUUAUGUUGUGACGCCACCUGGAGUAUUAUCUCAUUCACUGCGUUCCUGUCAAUCAGCAGACAUCUACAUACCAGAGUCAGACUCGCAGACUCACUCAACUCAGGAGGCUUCAAGAUAGAUUCAUCAGUACAGAGUACAAGAUACGUGAAUAUGAAGUCCAGACCAUUCAUGCUGAUGAUGAUUCAACUACUGCAGCUCGACGGCAGAAUGACUUUCCAUCCCUUCCAAAAAAGAGCAGGACAAGAAUCGCUUGUUGAAAAUAAACUAACAUAGUCAAUAGACUACUUUUCUUUGUCAGCUUUAUAUUACGGGGUACAUGCAUCUCUUGUUUGAGUGUUACAUUUAAAGUGGAAACUAAUCACUCCACAUAUAGAUUUUUUUUUUUCUCCAUUUUUCAUAUUUAAUCUACCCUGUUGUAUGUCUGGUGUGGUAAUAGAUCACUCCACAUGCACCCUUUCAUGUUUAAUGCACUAUGUUAUGUUUUGUAUAUGUCAGGUGCAGUAUUACACUGCUGUAGAGUGUAGAUUAUUCUUUUUAAAAAAAUGUAUGCAUAAUUUAAUGUCGACUUGUGAUGUCGGGUUCAGUAAUAGGCCAAUCAACAGAUAUUCUCUAUUAUCAUGCAUAAUCUACACUGUGAGUGUUUUUCAGGCUUUUUAAUAAGCUGCUCCAGAUAUUCAUGUGAAUUUUUUUUUUUGAACUUUUUAUAUUUAAUGUCCUGCAUCAAGUGUUAUGUCCCAGUGCAGCAUUGUCAUUUUGUUUUUAAUUUUAGGUAUAGUUUAUGUAAUUUUAUGUCUCAUGUCAAGGAUGGUUUUAGACUAAGCCCAUUUCAAGUUUUUUUUCUCUGUUUACCGUCCAACCUUCAAUCAAAAACCUAACUACAUGUACCUAUUUGUAAAAAAGAAAUAUAAACCAAAAAAUAAAACACAGAAUGUACUUGUAUCAUGUCUAUAGUUAUAAUAAUAGUGUAAAUCUGAGGAUUUUAUUUCAUCAAUCUGCUUUUCUGAUAGAAAUAUCUAUUCUUCAGCAAAAUCAAAAUAAUAAAUGCCUAAAGUACACCACCUAUGACAUAUUUAUUGUACACAUUUGAGAAAUUGACAGAACUCAAAAGAUUUCAACAAAAAUAAUCAAGUGUAGGGCUUCUGAUUUUGUUUGAUUUUCUGAUACAUGUAGGUGUCAAAAACCAAGGUGCAAUUGGAUGCCAAAACAGAAAAAAGACUUGGAAUGGCCUAUUAAAUGUUAUUAUCCUACCUGUUCAUGGAAUAAAAUGACUUUUGUUCAAUUUGAAAGAGUACUGAUUUCUUCAAUGAUAUUCUUAUUCUAUGAAAUAGAAAUUUGUGAAUUUUGCAGUGCUAUGUCAGAUGGAUUUCUUUAUUCUGUAUGACCAAAAUGUAUUUUCGGACAAAGUAGAAUGCAUUUGACAUGUUAAUAAUUAGGGGGAUUUUUGACAUUGCAAUGAAAACAAUAUCAGAUGUAUAAAAGGAGGGGGGUGUAUUAGACCAUUCUGUAACUUAAUAGUUAAUUACCUCUUAAUGCAGCUGGGAUUUCUGAGUGAGAAAUAGUAUUGGACAUUUUUGUCAUACAAUAUAUUUUUUAGAAAUCUAUAAGAAAUCAUAGAAUUUGUUUGCAUGAAAUUAAUCAAAAGGGAUCAUAUUGAAGAAUUUUUAAAUGUGUUUUUUUUUAAUUACAUUUCUUUUUCAAGUAUUUAUUGUUGAAAUAUAAAUUCAUAUUUUAAUUUUGUUGAGGAAUUUUUUAUGGAUUAUUUCAAUACUGGUUUAAUUACAUG